AUGGCCUCUCUCAAACCCCUUUCGCCCCGUCCGAGCCCGCGCAACUCGCCCCGUGCGUCCCCAAGACCAUCGCUGCGCCCGUCACCGCGCAGUACGCACUCGGGGAGUCUACCUGGAACACCAAGAUCCUCGUCUGGGGUCACACUCAGUGCAUCCGCAUCCGCACGAGGACGAGCGUCCACAUUCAACAAGUUACUCAAGAAUGGGCAGACGGCGCAUCGAGAUCCAGACGCCGUCAAAGAAGAUCUCAAGAGACUUAGAGGAAUGAUCCUCGCGGACGGUAUUCCCGUCGAAAUGGAUCCGACACUCCGCCCGCGAAUAUGGAAGAUUCUCCUUCAAGUCGGAAGAGUCGACGGUGAAGAAUAUCUCAACCUCGUCCGUCGUGGGCCAUGCAGGCUGAGCGAAAAGAUUCGCAACGACACUUUUCGAACUUUUGCAAGCAACCGUGUAUUCACAGAGCGCGUACGCGAAAGCAUGCUCGUGCGCCUCCUUGAUGCCUUUGUAUGGCGCAACGACGAGCACCAUGAGCUUAAUAUUGGCUACGUUCAGGGAAUGAACGCCCUCGUCGCACCCUUUCUCUUUAUUAUGCCCUCCGAGAUCGAGGCAUUCUACGCUUUCUCCGCCUUUAUCGAGCAUUGCUGCCCACAAUAUGUCCAGAAGAAUCUCGAUGGUGUACAUCGCGGUGUAGAUCUUCUCGAACGGUGUCUCGAACACCUUGAUCCCGAAUUAUAUACACAUCUCCACUCAAAGGGACUCGUCGCGAAAAUCUACGCAUUCCCUUCCGUACUCACCUUGUGCGCAUGCACUCCGCCUCUGAACCAAGUACUUCAACUCUGGGAUUUCCUACUCGCUUAUGGUGUCCAUCUCAACAUCCUCUGCGUUAUUGCCCAAAUGGUGGUCAUUCGUCAAGAUCUCCUGAGUAGCGAACGUCCAAAUACGUUACUGCGCAAGUUUCCCGAAUUUAACGCAAAAGAAGUGUGCGCGAUUGCGUUAACCCUCGUUCGAGACAUUCCCGACGAACUUUAUGAGGAGUUGGUACGCCACCCUUGGGAAAAGACAUGA